AUGUCCAGCAUCAGAUCAAGGAACUACAAACCGCCCACCACGUUUUCCAUCACCCGGAUUCUCAGAAUGGCAGAGGGGACAGCCAAGCGAAGCGCUUCCCCGGCAAUUUCCCCACCUCCACUGCGCCGCAAGGUCGACACAACGACUAAGAGUUCAGCGUCCAAUUUCUUCACACCGGCAUCGCAGAAGAAACCCGCGCCAAUCACGUGGCGCUUGAUUGGGACGAGUGUUAUCAUCGGAAAACAGAACACAGGCAACCAAGUCUCAGCAGACAAGCCGCGCCGCAUUGCUGGUUUUGAUCUGGACUCGACAUUGAUUAAGACAAAAUCCGGAAAUGUCUUCCCCAAAUCUGCCACAGAUUGGCAAUGGUGGAACGAGAAGGUUCCAGGACGGCUGAAGGAGCUCAACUCAGAAGGCUACCAAGUCGUCGUCUUCUCAAACCAGAAGAAAAUCAGUGUCCAGAAAGAUAUCAAGGCUGGGCGCAGUGACUCCAAAAGUCUCACCAACUUCAAAGAGAAGAUUGAGGUGAUAAUGACCCAACUGGAUUUCCCAUUCAGCGUCUAUGCUGCCACCACAGAUCCUGAAUACCGAAAGCCCCGUCUUGGGAUGUGGCGGGAGUUCCUGGAUGAUUAUGAUCUCGAUGUUGCGGGUGUUGAUCUUCCUGGGUCGUUCUUUGUCGGUGAUGCUGCUGGUAGACCGGGAGAUCACUCGGCUGUGGAUCGGGGCAUUGCUACUAACAUGGGCAUGCCUUUCAAAACACCAGAAGAGUUCUUCCUAGGGCAAGCUGCUGAGCCCGUUACUGGACUGUUUGAUCCUGUGUCGUAUAUGAAGGAUGAUCUUGAGGAGCCAGCCAAACCCUUCUCUCGAAAACACCCUGUGGAAGUCGUCAUCUUCUGUGGAAGCCCGGGUGCUGGAAAGUCCACUUUCUACUGGAACCACCUUGAGCCUCUUGGCUACGAACGAGUGAACCAAGAUAUUCUCAAGACACGCCCGAAAUGCAUCAAAGCUGCCCGCGAGUUCUUGCAGGACAAGAAAUCAGUGGCGAUUGACAACACAAACGCCAACGAGGAAACUCGAGCCUACUGGGUCGAACUGGCGAAAGAGUUCAACGUGCCCAUCCGUUGCGUUCAAUUCAUUUCCACUCCGGAUCUGUGCCGGCACAAUAACGCCGUGCGUGCCUCGAACAAAGAAUUGAACCCCGAGGCCCGAGCCUCCCUUCCCGGUAUUGCCUUUGGCGAUUUCGGACGUCGCUUCAGUGCUCCCAAACUCGAGGAGGGCUUUGACGACAUCAUCCCGGUGGAAUUCCAAUUCCGAGGGAGCAAAGAGGCGAAGGAGCUAUGGGGGCAAUAUUGGAUUUGA